AUGGACGGCUCUGAUCCCAUCAGUGACCUUGGCCUCGGGUGCCCCUUCAAUGGGACCUUCUACAUCUGCAAAGACAGCCCAACACGAUUUAUAGGCUGUUGCACCUCAAACCCGUGCGGAGACAGAAAGGGUCUCUGCCCCGACGAACAUCUGGAGCCGGCCACCUUCGAAGCGCGGUACAGGAUCCCUCCCCAAGCUUGUAUCAACGAUAACUUUGCCGUCUCCUGGUACACGUGCCCAGAUACGAGUCCCCCUUUCUUGGGAUGUUGUGCCGUGGACCCCUGCAGCAGGAGAGGUUGUCCGGAUAGAGAGCUUCGAGCAGCCAAGCUGAGCGACAAGAAGAGCGAUGCCGACCUGUUUACUGGGGGAUCAUCUCCAGGCUCAGACCUAAAAGGGAACCCAUCAGCCAAAGUAUCAAUCACCACCGCAAUGUUGACCACCUCAUACAUAUCUACAAAGACCAUAGAGGCAGGGGCGAAGGCCACGUCGACCAUCGACUCGGCAUCUCCAGCCAGCCACCCCUCAGGCGGGAAGAAGAAAUUGUCACCGGGCGGUCUAGCUGGCGUAAUCCUUGGGGUAGCAGCCGCUUUUUUCUUGGUGGGUGUGAUUUUUGCAUGCAUCUACUCACGUCACAACAAACGACGGUUCCGCACUACCAACGAGAACCAGUCCUCCUCACGUUUGUCAAUCGCUCUCUCGUCAAUGUAUUCAUCGCGAAGGGGGCCAAUUUCAGCCCAUGGGUCCCUCUAUGGACUUGAGCAUGAGGGUCGGAUGACUGGGAUCCAAGCACCCUCCAGGAUUCCUUCUGGUCAAGAUCCGGGGCAGGGGAUACACGAGGGGGCCUCUUCGGGGGGACAGCACCUACAACAGCAGAGUCAAGAGGGAUGGACUCAACAGCCGCAGUCAAUUCAAGAUGCCUUGUCUAUGCCCAACUCCCGUGUUCCGAGGAACCCUGUACAAGGACCCAACACGGAUCAGACUUCAAUGCCGUAUCCUUCUACGCCCCAGCCUCCCUAUCCACCUUCAAUCAUUAACCAGAACGAAUGGGAUUGGGAAAACCGGAGUCAACUAGACCCCCGUAGUUAUAAUCCUUGGACCGAGUUGCCUGCGAAUGCAGAAACGCCUCUUUCUAUAAACCCUCCGAGCACUCCUGUUGAUCAGCCUCAGUUACCGAUAGCCGAGUUGCCCGCAAAUGCAGAAAAGCCUCUUUCUACAGGCCGUCGCAGCACUCCGAUCUUUCGUAUCAUCCUUGAUGAAAUUGACUGCAGGUGGCAUGAACCAAGCCCAGGGCACCCUGAAAGCUCCCCACGGCCUCCGAUCACCAGACCCAGCACUGCACCUCCAAGUGGCAUUUCUGAAGAGCAGUCUGCGGACGAUAUUGACUCCAGCAACACAGUGGCCACGAGAUUGGAGCGACAACUGAACCAUGAUCAAUCAGGAUCUAGAGGCGAGCACCAAGAUGUUACCAGCUCAGGACAAGAUAGUAGGCCCGAACUAGGUCCAUGUUUUUCGCUCAAUUCUAGAAGAUUUCUGGGAAACCAUCCCGUUUUGCGAGAGGAGUGCUCAUUCCUCGAGCCCAUGCUCACGAUAUCGUUCGAUCCUGGGGACCGGAUAAUGGGGACAAACAUUCAUCUCGGAAAUGUUGAUCCAGGUGAUCUUAACCCGAGGCAUUCGAAGGCUGUCGCCUCGUGCUGGCACCGAAUCCUCUGCUGGUAUCACGAUGACGUUGGAAUACUGAUCAUCAAAGGUGCAGCUAGAAAUGGUCUCACGGCGACGGAUCUUACUACCAGCCAGUGCCCAACACUGCGCUCGUCAGCCAUUCUCAAGCGAUUUUGGAGCCUGAUUCAAGAGUUGGGCACCUGUUCAACAGCCAUCAACUGA